AUGGUAUCUCUUGAAAUGGUUGAACUAGUGGAGCUCCUUUGCAGGAGCGGAACAACGCCUAAAUCAAAGGACCUUGUUUCUUCAAGCUCAUCUGGCAGUGAUUCUAAUAAUGAAAUCGACAAAAAGUUAAAGAUUAAAAAGCAAGUCUCUCCAGGAAAACUUGUGAAGAAGCAAAAAAUAGAUGAAACUUCAAGAGCCUUAAUGUCAUCUAAGCAGAGCUGCAGCAGUAGAGAUAAUAUGUUUCAGGUUGGGAAAAUAAGGUAUGUCAGUGUCCCGGACUUUAAAGGGAAAAUCCUAAUCGAUAUUAGAGAAUAUUGGCUGGAUCAGGAAGGUGAAAUGAAACCAGGAAGAAAAGGUAUUUAUUUAAAUCCGGAGCAGUGGAGUCAGCUGAAGGAACAGAUUUCAAACAGUGAUGAAGCAGUAAGGUAA